AUGAUUCGUGCAAGACGAACAAACACCGCAGUUCCGAUAGAGGACACUUCCAACGCACCAUCCACGUUCACUGACGGCCUCCCACUUCCAAAGCUCAUCGCAUUUGAUCUAGACUAUACUCUUUGGCCCUUCUGGGUUGACACCCACGUCACUCCCCCCAUCAAGGCGCGUGACAACAACUCCCGCUGCACGGACAAGUGGAACGAAUCAUUUGCCUUCUAUCCACAUGUGAAUUCCAUAUUAACCAGCUGCAAAUCUCGCUCGAUUCCACUAGCGCUGGCGUCGCGAACGCACGCCCCCGAUCUUGCGCGCGAUAUGCUGAAGCAGCUGCACAUAAUACCCAACUUUAGCGACAACCCGUCUGCGAAUAAAGCACGGACGGUUCGAGCUCUAGACUACUUUGAUUACAUCCAGAUCUUCCCGGCCACGAAGACGCAGCACUUUUCGCGGAUCCACCAGGCGAGUGGGAUUGCGUAUGAGGAUAUGUUGUUCUUUGAUGAUGAGGCGCGUAAUCGCAAUGUUGAGACGGAGUUGGGUGUGACUUUUUUGCUUGUUAGGGAUGGGAUGACGAGGGACGAGGUCGAUAAGGGGGUUUGGGCGUGGAGGAGGAGGAAUGGGAUUAAGCAGAACCAGAACCAGGAGGGUUAG